CAGCCCCUCUUUCAUCAAUUCGGUCCCUCAAUCUAGCUAGACGUCCUCAAGGUAAAGCCCUGCUGAAAAGGUCGGAUUACAAAUCCAUCAACGAGAAGUCUUGCCAUUGCUAUCGAUAAACGCCAUCGACGACCCAGUCUCCUUCAGUUCUUCAAACACAAGCUUUCUCAUCCGCAGACGUUCAAGAUCCAUCAGACUCUCAAGUCAGAGGCCCCGGCUUCCAAUAUGGCUCAAACCACAUCACCAACCAACGAGGAGCUCGUUUCCGAGGUCACAAAGUACGUCGAGGCCUACAUGGCAAAAUACGACGCCUCCCAUGACUUCAACCACAUCAAGCGUGUCGUCUCUCUCGCCCACCGCAUCCACGCGCAGUCUCCAGCCACCACCCCGGCCCUGGACAAACACACAAUCACCCUCUCCGCCCUCCUCCACGACGUCGGCGACCGCAAGUACCUCCAGCCCGGCGAGGACGCAUCCACCCUCGUCUCCACCCUCCUCAGCUCCCUCGGCGCCAGCCCGGAACUCGCCGUCCGCGUGCAGACAAUCUGCCUCGGCGUCAGCUACUCCAGCGAGAUCAAGGAUCCGGCGCGCGUCCGGGCGCUGAUUGCAGAGUACCCGGAGCUCGCCGUCGUGCAGGAUGCCGACCGCCUCGACGCCAUUGGCGCCGUAGGCAUCGGGCGCUGCUUCACGUUUGGCGGCGCAAAGGGCGCGCGCAGCAUGGACGAAUCUAUUAUGCACUUUGAGGAGAAGCUCGUCAGACUGGAGGGAAUGAUGAAGACGGAUGCUGGGAGAGAGAUGGCGCGGGAGCGGACCAAGAGGCUUCUUACGUUUAUGGAGUGGUGGCAGGACGAGGCUGGUCCUGUCAGUGCCUGAAAGGUUUACCUUGAGGAUUUUGCACGUAUAUGACUUUCCCUUCGAUUCAACUCGAUACCCAGCUUUGUUUCUUUGAAUAUUACGGUCCAUGU